CGACGGGAAGGACGCUCGCGGGCCCCCAGGCUAACCCCCGCUGUAGCCUUAAAUCUCCUACCAUGGGGGAAGAAGGCGGCGGCCGCAGCUGUGGGACCACUAGGGAGCUGCAGAAGCUGAAGCAGCAGGCUCUGGAGUACUACCGGGAGAACGACGUCCCGCGCAGGCUGGAAGAGCUGCUCAACGCCACCUUCUACCUCCAGCCUGCUGACGUCUACGGGCACCUGGCAAACUGCUUUACUAAACUUGCGAAGCCUCCCAUCAUAUGCAAAGUGGUGGGGAAGAGUGUACUGGAUGGACUGGGGCUUCCCACCCUACAAGUGGAAAUAUUCUGCACCAUUCAAAAUUUUCCCAAGAACAUAUGUUCUGUGGUGAUGGCAACUCACUUUGAAGUCCAUGAGAACAUGGUACAAGAACUCGCUGAAGCAGAGGAAGCAGAAAGGUUGGGAGCUGUCAGCACUGCUGUGCAGUGGGUCAACGGAACCAUCACCCAGGAGCUCCAGGGACUAGAACCCUGCAACCAGGCUGAGGUGGACCAGGUGCUCAGAACAUUCUUUGAAAAUAAAGUGCAAGAAGAUAAGGAGAGAAAAGAAUUGGAAAAGAACCUGGAAGAUUCAACAGUGCCCACACUUCUCAUACCACCACCACCACCUCCUCCUCCACCUCCAGCAAAAAAAAAAGGACAAAAGCAAGGAGUGAAGGACUCUUUUAUAGAGAAACCUAUUAUACCCCUGGAACCUGUUGAGCCUGUCCUCUGCGGCAGCAUGGCCGUAGGGGCUGUGUCACUAGCUGUCGCCAAAACCAGCGCCAUGCUGAGCAACAAUCCUCUGUACUUCAGUAUCGCAUCACUGAAGCACCAUCAGGAACAGCCGGCAAAGCUAACUAUACCUUUGCUAAUGGUAUCUCUGGUCAGCUGUGGGAAGUCAUCGCCUGGGAAGCUGAAUUUAAUGAAAGAAGUGAUCUGUAUACCCCAUUCUGGAUUAUCAGCCAAACAAGGUGUGGAGAUGCUUAUGGAAAUUCAGAAACAAAUUAACAAAACGAUCGAUAUGCCCCCUCCUCCAAAAGCAGAGACGAAGAAAGGGCAAAAUGGAGGCAAAAGAGGUCAACAGCUGGUCACUGGCAAGAUGUCCCAUCUUGGCUGUUUAACCAUUGCUUAUGACACCAUAGAGCAGCCCCUGCUCCUAAUACAAGGAAUCUGUGCGAGCCUGGGGCUAGAAAUAGGGACGAAUCUGCAUCUGGCCAUCAACUGUGCCGCCCACGAGCUGAUGGAUUAUAGCAAAGGAAAGUACGAAGUGCUGACGGGAGCGCACAGGAGCGCGGCUGAGAUGGUUGACCUGUACGUGGAUCUGGUCAACAAGUUCCCUUCCAUCAUCGCCUUGAUUGAUCCUUUCAGGAAAGAGGACACUGAACAGUGGGACAGCCUCUAUAACGCUCUUGGAUCCAGGUGUUACGUAAUAGCAGGAAGUGCCUCCAAAAGCGUUUCUAAACUUCUGGAGGAAGGAAACAUCAGCAUCCCCAAAUCCAGCGGGCUGGUCAUAAAACACACAAAUCAAACAACGAUGUCUGACCUGGUGGAAGUAACCAAUCUCAUCGACAGUAAGAAGCACAUUGCCGUCUUGGGUAGCACAGAUGGGGAGUCUUCUGAUGACAGCCUCGUCGAUUUGGCCGUUGGACUGGGUGUCCGGUUUAUCAAGCUGGGAGGUCUUUCUCGAGGCGAGCGGGUGACUAAGUACAACCGUGUUUUCACUGUAGAGGAAGAACUUGUCCAGCACGGAACACUGGGUUUCAGUGGAGAACUCACCUUUUUUAACUUGAAUGAGGAAGAAGAAAAGGCGGCCCAGGCACUUGAGGCCGAGGCUGCCCUGGCUGGGGAGCUGCCCGAGCCCCCAGAGCCCAUCUUCCCCACAGAAGUUGUGGAGGAGUCAACCUAA